AUGCCUGCUAUCGCAUACCCUCCCUUUCCCGACGAUGUUCCCACUGUGCCACUCCUAAUCAUCGACUAUGCCCUUAUUAAGGCUGGCGAUGAGAAGGAGAUCGGCAGAUUGUGGGAAGCUGCAACCGAACUCGGGUUCUGGUACUUGAAGAAUCAUGGCGCAGACGAAGAGGUUUCCGAGAUGUUCGAGAUGGGGGCAGAAACGAUGGAACUACCCUUUGAGGAGAAGAUGAAGUUCGAACAGGGCGACAACGGACUCUCCGCGGGCUACAAAGCACUAGGCGCAACAGCUACCGAUGAAACUGGUACUCUGGACGGCGCCGAGUUCAUCAAUAUCUCUCGGGAUGAUGCCCUUUCUUACCCUACUCCCACGCACCGUACCUACCCAUCCACUGUCAACGCCCGCAUGGAAUCCACCAUCACCCCCUUUGUGCGCAAAUCCGUCGAUAUCAAUCUGACUUUGAUGAGGGUGUUGAACGACAAGCUUGGACUACCGGAGGGCGCCUUGGAGGGGAAGCACGCACUUGAAGAGCAUAGCGGGAGCGAGGCUAGAUGCAUCAAGAGCCCGACAAAUCAGGAGAUGUCGGCUGAGAAGGCAGCACUUGGGGCUCAUACUGAUUUUGGCUCACUCUCCUUCCUUCACAACCGACUCGGAGGACUUCAAGUCAUGCCACCUAGCACCGAGACCUGGAAAUACGUGAAGCCCCUCCCUGGUCACGCUAUCUGUAACCUCGGAGACGCCAUGGCCGUCUUCAGUGCCGGCAUCCUCCGCUCAAAUGUUCACCGUGUCGUGACCCCACCCAAAGCUCAAGCUGCUUUCGACCGCUGGUCAAUCGUCUUUUUCUCUCGUCCUGGAAAUUCAGUCGUUUUGGAGCCACUGGCUGGAAGCAAGAUGAUCAAGGAAGCGAGGGAGGCAGCACCUGGCAAGUAUGAGACCGGGUCGACCGCCGCGGACUGGUUCGCGAGGCGUACCAGAUAUCAGAGAAUCAAGAAUCGCAAGGGACCGGAGACUUGGAAAGCCAGUCGCGGGACGGAGCAUCGCGAUGAUACCGUGAAUUUGGCAGCCUAA